GCACGGUCUCGCACGCAGCAGCAUCACUACGAGGCGCAGCAGCAGGAGCAGCAGGAGCCCAGACGGCGUCUUUGGAAUACCGGGAAUGUUCCGUCAUCACCUGUAGCUGCCGCACGGCGCUUCCCGACACACGCAUGCGCGCACCGACGCUUCCCCCUGCUUCCCGCACAGAAAGGAUGGCACGCGCCGAGCGACAGCCGCCGCCGCCGAAUCACCAGCACCGAGCAGCGCCCCGUCCCCGUCCAGGCGGCGCGGCCCGGAUGAGCUGAUCCCGCGGGAAGCAAGAGGUGUAGAGAGGGAGGGCCGGGAUGAGGAGGGGGCCGCGGAAGGAGAUCCCACGGGAAGGAGAGACGUACGGACAUACCGAGCCACUCUUGGGGAAGGGAGCAAAGCGACGCACGUGAGGCGCCAGGUGCCGAUCGGGACUCAUUUGGAGGAUAUUUUAACAGAGUGACCAAAUGAAUCCCAUGACUCAGCUCUACUACAAGAAGGCGACGUACUCGCCGUACCGCGACCGCAUCCCGCUGCAGAUCGUGCGGGCCGAGGUGGAGCUGUCGGCGGAGGAGCGCGCCUACCUCACGGCGGUGGAGAAGGGCGACUACGCCGGCGUCAAACAUGCGCUGCGCGAGGCCGAGGUCUACUACAACAUGGACGUCAACUGCCUGGACCCGCUGGGGCGUAGCGCCUUGCUCAUCGCCAUCGAGAACGAGAACCUGGAGAUCAUGGAGCUGCUUCUCGACCACGGCAUUCACACCGGCGACGCCCUGCUCUACGCCAUCAGGAAGGAGGUCGUUGGCGCCGUGGAGCUGCUGCUGUCGCACCGACGGCCCAGCGGCGAGAAGCAGGUACCCUCGCUGAUGAUGGACAGCCAAUUUUCAGAGUUCACCCCCGACAUCACGCCCAUCAUGCUGGCUGCUCACACCAACAACUACGAGAUCAUCAAGCUGCUGGUGCAAAGGAAGGUCACCAUUCCCAGACCGCAUCAGAUCCGUUGCGACUGUGUGGAGUGCGUCUCCAGUUCAGAGGUGGACAGCCUCCGGCACUCGCGCUCUCGACUCAACAUCUACAAGGCUUUGGCCUCGCCGUCACUCAUCGCACUGUCCAGCGAGGAUCCGAUUCUGACCGCCUUCAGACUUGGCUGGGAACUCAAAGAGCUCAGCAAGGUGGAGAACGAGUUCCGCCAGGAGUACGAGGAGUUGUCGCAGCAGUGCAAACGUUUCGCCAAAGAUCUUCUGGACCAAGCCAGGAGUUCCAGAGAGCUGGAGACCAUCCUGAACCACCGUGACAACGAUCAGAGCGAGGAGCUCGACCCCCGACAAUGCCACGACCUGGCCAAGCUCAAACUGGCCAUCAAAUACCACCAAAAAGAGUUUGUGGCGCAGCCCAACUGCCAGCAACUGUUGGCGACGCUGUGGUACGACGGCUUCCCGGGCUGGAGGCGGCGCCACUGGGUGGUCAAGCUGGUCACCUGCUUCAUCAUCGGUCUCCUGUUCCCCGUCUUCUCACUGAUCUACCUGUUGGCUCCCAAAGGCGCGCUGGGACGCUUCAUCAAGAAGCCCUUCAUCAAGUUCAUCUGUCACACGGCGUCCUACCUGACCUUCCUCUUCCUGCUCCUGCUGGCCUCGCAGCACAUUGCCCGCACCAACCUGCACAUGCAGGGGCCGCCGCCCACCAUCGUGGAGUGGAUGAUUCUGCCGUGGGUGCUGGGAUUCAUCUGGGCAGAGAUCAAGGAGAUGUGGGACGGGGGCUUCACAGAGUACAUCCACGACUGGUGGAACCUAAUGGACUUCGCCAUGAACUCCCUCUACCUGGCCACCAUAUCACUAAAGAUCGUGGCCUACGUGAAGUACAACUCGUCUCGGCCCCGGGAGGAGUGGGAGAUGUGGCACCCGACGCUCAUCGCCGAGGCUCUCUUCGCCAUCGCCAACAUCUUCAGCUCGCUGCGGCUCAUCUCGCUCUUCACCGCCAACUCGCACCUCGGGCCCCUGCAGAUCUCGCUGGGGAGGAUGCUGUUGGACAUCCUCAAGUUCCUCUUCAUCUACUGCCUGGUGCUGCUGGCCUUCGCCAACGGCCUGAACCAGCUCUACUUCUACUACGAGACCACCGCCUCGGAGGAGCCCAACAACUGCAAGGGCAUCCGCUGCGAACGGCAGAACAACGCCUUCUCAACGCUCUUUGAGACUCUGCAGUCGCUCUUUUGGUCGAUCUUCGGACUGCUGAACCUCUACGUCACCAACGUGAAGGCCCGCCACGAGUUCACCGAGUUCAUGGGAGCCACCAUGUUCGGGACGUACAACGUCAUCUCGCUGGUGGUUCUCCUCAACAUGCUCAUCGCCAUGAUGAACAACUCGUACCAGCUCAUCGCCGACCACGCCGACAUCGAGUGGAAGUUUGCCCGCACCAAGCUGUGGAUGAGCUACUUUGACGAAGGCGGAACGCUGCCGCCUCCGUUCAACAUCGUUCCCAGCCCCAAGUCCGUCUGGUACCUGCUCAUGUGGCUCCACGACAAGCUGUGCGGCCGCGGCGGCCAGCCGCCUGGGGAGGACGCGCGCAAGUGCGAGAACCUGCGAGAGUUCACGGAGCGUCACGCCGACAGUCUGAUCCAGAACCAGCAUUACCAGGAAGUGAUACGAAGUCUGGUGAAGAGAUACGUGGCCGCCAUGAUCCGCAGCGCCAAGACGGACGAGGGCCUGACGGAGGAGAACUUCAAGGAGCUCAAGCAGGACAUCUCCAGUUUCCGCUACGAGGUCCUGGACCUCCUGGGCAACCGGCGUCCUCCUCGCCGCCACUACUCCUCCUCCAGCGACGCGGCGGCGCGAGACGACGGCGGCGGCGUGGCCUCGGAGGACGACAGCGAGCCGGGCGACGCCGGCCAAAGGUCAAAGGGCGUGACCUUCACCGUGCCGCUGGAGAGGGAAGAGCGUCGGCCGGGGCCCGCGCUCGGCGUCUCCGCCUUGGUGCGCUCCAUUUCCGGGAUGAGCCGGGCGGAGCGCGAAGGCGAGCUGGGGCGGGAGGAAGGCCUGGUCUGGGGGGAGGAGCCGGAAGAGAAACCAAAGAGCAACGGGCUGAAGGCGACGGCAGUCCCGCCUUCUGCCACCGGCGCCCCCCCCUCGCCGCCGCCGCCGUCGUCGGCGUUCUCCUCGUCGCUCUCCACCUCGCUGGCCCGCACCAAGAGCCGCCUGCAGCGUCUGUCGGCGCCGGCGGCCAAGACGGACUCCUUCAAGCGCCUCUCCUUCCUCUUUUCCCGCUCCAAGCGCUCGCCGCUGCCCCUCCAGUCGCCGCCCUCCUACACCAUCUCCGACGGGCUGCUCCUCCCGCGGGGGGGCCACUCGGACUCGGGACUGGACCGCGCCGCCAGAAGCGAGACCCGCCUGAACGAGGUGGGCCGCUCGGCGGACGCCAACAGCUCCUCUUUCUCGCCGCGGAGAACAAACGGUCGCGACGUGCUGCUGACGCUGCCGCCGCCCCCGCCUUGUCCCUGCCAGUCGCUGCACUGCGCGUCCAACAUGUCCGAGUCCAGCUCGCGCCUCUUGGACUCCACCGAGGACAUUUUCCAAGGCGGCGGGGAGGAGGCGGCCGGCGGCGGCGGGCUGAUGAUGAUGAUGAUGGGCGGCGGGUGGGUGGGGCCCUGCGAUGAUGUCAUCGAGGACAGCUGCGAGGUCAUCGAGGACUCGGUCAGCACGCAACUCUAGAAGCCCGUUGAAGGCUUGGCCUGACUUUUUCUUUGUUCCAGCGCGUUGCACAGGGGAUGGCGCCCGAGAGCCGAGGCUGCUUUUCCACUGCGGGUCCUUGGUGCCCCCCCCCCCCCACCGUUUCAUGCCCAAAUCCCGCCUUUCUUAUUUACCAGUCACUCCACAUAUCCCACAUCACUGUGUUGACAUUGACCGAACACGCAAAGUGACCCCCCCGUCCCCCCCCCCCCGCAUGCGCACGCGCUCUCCACGUGCACGUUAACACCGACGCAAAGCGCCUCGACGUCGCGCCUCGAAUGUACAGCCCGUUUCCCGUCUCGAUGCGAACGUCCUCCGUAUUUAACAAUCGCCCGCUUUUUCCCGUCGUUUGCAGCGGCUGCGCAUUCUCGGAUGACGGUCCAUCCAAUCUUUUGUCGCCGUUGACAGAUAUCACAGAAGCCUGAGUUCGAUCUGAUGAGAUCGGAUCCCACGCAUCUUUUUUUUUUUUUUUUCUCGCUCUCUUUUUCCUGCCAACCGGAAACAAAAAUGCUCAUAAUUCUGUCGCUAGAACCAUAAUGUGUGAAUCGUCGCCAUUUUGCCACGCGGCAGCUGUGUUGUCAUCCACGUCCGGCGAGGGAUGGCAUUUCGUCCUGUUUCACGUUGCAAUAACGCCACAUCAAAUACACGGAAUAGCUUUCCUCGGAACGCGUGCCACAGCUGUGAGAAACGAUACCACCGGAUGUCGAGGAGCGCAAAAGCGGACGGCGUGAAGGUCAAGGAGGACAGAAGAAGUCGCGGAAGGUCAAGGCCAAGGCCGUUUUCCCUUUAACCACUUCUAACGGUCUUCUCAACUCACUGGGACGGUUGGAACGUAGCCUGAAGAGACCAAACUCAAAGGACAAAGGGACCCCGCCCCGCCUCCUCCAACCACUGUUGUGAUAACCUGCACUCCCUUUGCCCCCCCCCCCCCCACUCUCCAUCCCCCUCUCUCUUUCUGCACCCAGCAGGGCCAAGGAACGACAUUCUACCCCAAUAACACUUAUACUAGUAAUAAUUACACUAAUAAUCUUAUUAAUAAGGACUACUCUGGUUUGUCUUUUGCUUCGUUGCGAGCCUCCGAAAUGGCGGCUUCUCGUUCAGUUCUUCCUUGACUUUGUACCACUUGGAGCUGCUCAAUAAAGCGACCGCGUUGGAGUUGGACAGGAAGCGCCGAGUGUGGACAUGCAGACGGUGUAUACUUUUUUCUUUUUUUUUAAUUGAAUGAUUUUUUAUUUUUUUUGAGUUGUUGGGUUUUUUUUUUUUUUUUUUUGCUUGCCACCAGCUCCCAAUCAAAUAACAAUGUGGGUCACAUUACUCUUAUUUAGAUGUUUCCACCAGUCCACAAGCAUGGGCAGACCAACUUAUGCAUGUUUGAUCACAUCACCACACACACACACCCACACACGCACACACAAACACACACACACACAUACACAAGUUAUGAAGUGAGGGAAGGAUGCAGCCCUAUCUAAUAGAAAAGUAGUGCUCUGCUGCCAUCUUGUGGCAUUUAUCAAGUUUUUUUGUGGGGGGGGGCAAUUGGCGUCAGGGCUUGGUCUCUAUCCCAGUGAAUCCAAAAAAUCUAAAUCCUAUCCACAGGAGUCACAAAAACCACCCAUUGUGACAUCCCAAAAUCCGUGCCUGUAACCAUGGCGACCUGGAAGGCAGUUGUCACAGCUCAACUGGACGCCACCAAAACGGAGGGGGGGGGGGGGGCAUCGGCUAAAUGUGCUCCGUGUGUUUAUUAAUUGGCUGGCUCACGUUGUACGUUUUCUGGCGUUGCCAUGGCAACCGUGCAAUCAGCCGGAGCGCCUCUCCGCACCGAUUUGGUUUGACGAUCAAUCGUGUCAUGCCGAUCGCCAUAACGAUCUGUGGCGAAUGUCACGCCUCUUAAAUGACGUGCGCAUUCCCUUAUUGACGCGAAGUGAUCACCGUAAAACUGGUGAACACGCACACAAGGUUGAGAAUUCAUCAUUCUGUUGGGUCAAUGUCAAGUAAUGGCUGCCUGAUCCUUGUGUGUGUGUGUGUGUGUGUGUGUGUGUGUGUUGUCUCAUCAGCCUCUCCAGAAGAGACGAAUCUCCUUCAGUGACAUACACGUUUAGACAGCAGUGUCUCUUGAGGGAGCGGUUUCAUCAUGCUUUAUUCACACUAACACACGUGUGUGCCCUCUCUCACACACUCAUAUACACACACACACACGAUACGGACUCUCACGAGAAGAUUUAUGUUCCUCCAACAGAAGGAAAAAAACAAGGACAAAAUCACAUGGAGCACUAAUAACCACACUGUGUGUGUGUGUGUGUGUGUGUGUGUGUGUGUGUGUACGAUUAAUUACAGCCCCAAAGUAGUGACAUACAAAUAUUUGUGUGACAUUUAAAGAGCACCCGCACCCCAACUGCCCCCCAGGACCCAUUCAGCGAGCACAAAAAGAGUCAAACAAUUCCGCCUUUGCAGCGACUUGUCCAACACACACACAGACGUCAGGUGCCCCUCUUCACCCUCCAAAGGGAUUUGCAGCUUUAAAACAGAGAGAAUAAAAAAGGUUUCUUUUUCAACGUGAACAAAUGUACGAUUGUUAUUUUUCUAGAAGCGGACAGCUGACGCACGUUGUUGACUCUUUAAUAAAGGCAUCCUUACAAAA